AUUUCUAUGCGCCGUGCAGGUGCAGCAGCCCCGAGCUGCACGAGAAAGUAUCGCCAAAGUUGGCGUCCCCACUGAGCCUGUUGCAGUCUCGCAGAGCAGCAGUCUGCCUAAAUAUAUGGAUCGGUCUCCCGAGCAAUCCCCAUUCCCUUGAGUUGCACUCUGCACAUCGGCGACUGCAACGGCGGUGUACCGGAGGAAGAGAGGGAGAUGGAGGUGGAGAUGGUGGCGGCGGCGACCUUGUGCUGCGUGGGGGCUUGCACGCUGGCGCUGUACCUCUACCACGUCCUCUGGCUGGCGCCCGGGAGGGUGCGCGCCGCGCUGAGGAGCCAAGGCAUCGGCGGGCCGCGCCCUUCAUUCCCCUACGGCAACAGCACCGAGAUGAGCCAGGCGGCGGCCGGCGUGAAGGCACCGUCGGCGGCGGCAGCGUCUGGGCACCGAGGCAUCGUGCACGACUACCGCCCGGCCGUGUUUCCGGCGUACGAGAAGUGGAGGAAAGAGUACGGCCCGAUAUUCACGUACUCGAUCGGAAACAUGGUGUUCCUUCACGUCAGCCGGGAGGAUGUGGUCCGGGACCUGAGCCUCUGCCUGUCGCUGGACCUCGGCAAGAGCUCGUACAUGAAGGUGACGCACCGGCCGCUCUUCGGCGACGGCAUCCUCAAGUCAAGCGGCGAGGCCUGGGCGUACCAGCGGAGGCUCAUAGCCCCCGAGUUCUACCCCGACAAGGUCAAGGGCAUGGUGGAUCUCAUGGUGGACUCGGCGCGCGCGCUGGUGAAGUCAUGGGAAGACAGGAUCGGCAGUGGAGGCGUCUUGGAGCUCAAGAUCGAUGACGACUUCAGGGCCUACUCCGCCGACGUGAUCUCCAGGACGUGCUUCGGGAGCAGCUACGUGAAAGGCAAGGAGAUCUUUGCGAUGAUCAGGGAGCUGCAGAAGACGGUGUCGAAGACGAACUUGCUGGCUGAGCUGACCGGCCUGAGUUUCUUCCCGACGAGGAGUAACCGAGAGGCAUGGAGGCUUAACAGGAUGGUGCGCCAGUUGAUGCUGGACGUCGCAAGGGAGAGCGGGGACGACCAUAGGAACCUACCGAACGCGAUGCUCCGCAGGGCGGCGAGCUCCGGCGACCGUGCGGCGGCGGAGAACUUCAUCGUGGACAACUGCAAGAACAUCUACUUCGCGGGGUACGAGAGCACGGCGGUCACCGCCGCCUGGUGCAUGAUGCUCCUGGCGCUGCACCCGGAGUGGCAGGACCGGGUGCGUGACGAGGUGCAGCAGGCGUGCGCCGCCGCGGCACCGGACUUCACGUCUCUCCGGAAGAUGAAGAAGCUGACGAUGGUGAUCCAGGAGACGUUACGGCUGUACCCGGCCGGCUCGGUCGUGUCGCGCCAGGCGCUGCGCGACAUCACCCUCGGCGGUGUGCGCGUGCCGGCGGGCGUGAACAUCUACGUGCCGGUCUUGUCGGUGCACUUGGACCAGGAGCUGUGGGGCGCCGACGCGCGGGAGUUCAGCCCCGAGCGGUUCGCGGCCGCGCGGCCGCAGCCGCAUGCGUACCUACCGUUCGGCGCCGGCGCGCGCACCUGCCUCGGGCAGGGCUUCGCCAUGGCCGAGCUCAAGGUCCUGCUCGCGCUCGUGCUCUCCAGGUUCGAGCUGAGGCUGUCGCCGGAUUACAAGCACUCACCGGCGCUCAGGCUCAUCGUGGAGCCGGAGCACGGCGUGCGACUCGUGCUGAAAAGCGUGUAGCCAAGUGCUAACUUGGCCUGGUGGGAGACCGGAAAUCUAUGGGCUGAUUGUUUCGUACGUUUAGGGCCCGAUUUACACGGAAAUAUCGUCCCACCUAAUAAUCUGGUACUGAUGAUGAUGUUGAUGGAAUGAGUUUGGGCUCGGCGCAAUUGCACUGUGCGGAUUGGAGAAUUGGUUUGGAA